AAUGACUGAAAAAAACAUCGAUCAUUAUUCAUUCCAUACCUCAGAUGUACUUGGUGUUGGAUCUUUUGGCACUGUUUUCCAAGGCAUUGAUUUAAAAAACAAUCGUUAUGUAGCCCUAAAAAUGAUAGCUAAGGAUAAUUUGCUUAAUGAUCCAAAAGGUAAAAGUGGACUUAUGACUGAAAUCAAAAUAAUGAAAAAGUUAAAUCAUAAAAAUAUAGUUCAACUUAUCGAUGUGUUAGAGACACAAAAUAAUUUCUAUAUCAUUCAAGAAUUAUGCGAGAAUGGAGAUUUAUCCAAGUCUAUUUCAUUUUUAUCCUAGAUUUUUGAAGAAGAAUAGAUAGGUUGAUGAAAAAAUGGCAUUAAAUAUCAUCAUUAAUGUUCUCGAAGGUUUUUAUGAGUUAUUAAAGUACAGGAUUAUUCAUAGAGAUCUAAAACCUGCAAAUAUUUUAAUACAUAACAAUACUUAUAAACUUGCUGGUCUUUUUAUUUUUCUAUAUUUUAUAGAUUUUGGUUUCGCUAAAAUUGUGGAUAACUUUAAUCCCAAUGUAUUACACUCUUAAGUAGGCACACCUUUGUAUAUGAGUCCAUAAAUAUUAAGAAAUGAAUAAUACUCUAUGAAAUGUGAUAUUUGGUCUUUAGGAUUUCUAUUCUAUGAAAUGCUUUAUGGAUAAUGUAUUAAUAUUCUUAUUAAUUUCUUAGCUCCUUGGACAGCAUAAUCAAUUCCUUAAUUAGUUAAAAAUAUUUAUACUUAACCUCUUGUAUUCCAUGAUUCAAUUAAUCAAGUAUCUGAUAAUGUAAAAGACUUUAUUACUAAAUGUUUGAUAAUUUAAGAAGGUUAAGAAUUUAAUAUUUUUAGAUGAAAGAUUGAGUUGGCAAGAUGUAUAUCAUCAUCCAGUUUUUGCUUAGUAUUUCGUUUAGGAUCCUAAAGUAGAAAAUUUAUUCGAAGUAUAUAAUUAAUGAAUGAUAGGAAAAAGAAUUAUCUAUAGCAAUGAGUAUGAGAGAAUAAUUCGGAACUUAAUAACUUAGUAUUAAUGAAUUACUAAGAGAAUUGGCUGAAGAUGAAAAUAGAAUACUUAAUAUUGAAGGCUUUAGUGAGAUCUUUUUAGCCAUAAAUGAAAAUUUAGAGGAUGAAGAGAUUUAAUAUAUAUUUAAUUGUAUUGAUGAAGAGUCAAAUGGAUAAAUAACAUGCAAAAAUCUAUUAGAUUGGCUUAAUAAAUAUGAUGUUAUAAAUUUAUAUAUUAUAGAUUUCUUUGGAAGAUACAUAUAUGAGAAGUGGUUCAAAUACUGUAUAUGGAGCUCCUGAAAAAAGAUAAAUAUAAUAAGGUUUAUAAUAGAAUGAACUAAAUUAAGAUAGAUAACUGAUUUAAAUACUUUAUGAUGAAAUAAAGACAAAUAAUUUAAAUUUAGUUGAAUUGUUUCAUAAAUUUGCAACAUCUUCAGAUUUAAUGAACUAUCAAGAUUUUACUAAUAUGAUGCUGUAUUAAUUAAACCUAUUUUUAGAAAUUAUGAUACUACAUUAAGUGAUUGGGAAAUCUUUGAAACUUUUAAAUUAUUUGCAUAAAACAAAAGUGACAAUAUAAACUUAAAUCAAUUUAAGCAAGUAUUAGAAUAAAACUUUUAAGAUGAUUAUUUCUGA